AUGCCUCUCCGCGCCAAAGUGACGAAUCCAGCAUUCGGGGCUGCUGCUAAGAUGUCGACUGCUCCCGAACUCCCCAAAGAACUCCCCGGAGACGAGCCCGACGAUGUCCUAUUCAGCUCCCUCUACGGUGUACGAUUGAUUGAGCUCAAUCGCCCCAAGAAGCUCAAUUCGUUGAACGGGUCAAUGGCACGGAAGAUUCUCCCUCGGUUGAAGGAAUGGGAAAAAUCCCAGCUCGCAAACAUUGUCAUGCUUUCCGGUGCUGGCACAAAAGCUCUCUGCGCAGGAGGUGACGUCGCUUCUCUGGCUCUGCAGAACGAGCAAGGGCCGGAGGGACAGCAGAAGUCGACCGAUUUCUUCGGCCUCGAAUACCGUUUGGACCACAUCAUCGCUACCUACACAAAGCCAUUCAUCUCGGUGAUGGAUGGAAUCACGAUGGGCGGCGGCGUCGGUCUCAGUGUUCACGCCCCUUUCCGCAUUGCGACUGAGCGUACUGUGUUCGCCAUGCCCGAAACUACCAUCGGAUUCUUCCCGGACGUUGGUGGCUCGUUCUUCCUCCCCCGUCUCGACGGUGAGCUAGGCACGUAUCUGGCCCUCACCUCGGAGCGCCUCAACGGUGUGCAGGCGCUCUACACCGGUGUUGCGACACACUAUUUCCACUCCAGUGUUUUGAGCAACCUGACGGCUCGUCUGGCGGAGCUGGUCUUUAGGGACCACGCGUCGCUUGCCGAGCGCUUGGACCUGGUCAACAAGACCAUGGCCGAGUUCUCCGUCGGCCUUCCGCCGGUCGAGCAGGAGCCUAUCCACCUUGCCGGUAGCCUGCGGAGUGCCAUCGACCGCUGCUUCAGACACAAGACUGUCGAAGAGAUCUUCCGGGCUCUCGAGCAAGAGACCGUACAGAAGGAAUGGGCUCAGAAGACAUUAGAGACCUUGUCUUCUCGCUCGCCCACAUCGCUCAAGGUGACCUUGCGCCAGAUGCGCGUGGGCAAGCAAUGGUCCAUUUCCGAGACCUUCCAGCGGGAGUACCAUAUUGCGGCUCAGUUCAUGAAACACCCCGACUUCGUUGAGGGCGUCAAGGCCCGUUUGAUGUCGAAGCCCCCUCGCCAGGCUACAUGGCAACCUGCUACCCUGGAGGAAGUUACCAGUGAUGCUGUGGAUGCCUUCUUCAAGCUUGCCGAGGGCGAGUCCCGGCUCGCACUCUUCAACAAGACCGACUACAAGAAAUACCCUCACGCCUACGGCCUUCCCAGCGAGGCGGAGAUUGAGAGAUUUGUACGCGACAGCUCAGAAUCGGCCAGCAAGACCGUGGCCGAUUUCGUGGAGAAGUGGGGUCACAAGGAGGGGGUUAGAGAGAAGGUUGCAGAGGUUUUGGCUAGACGAACAGUGCAGACUCCCGAAGGUCUGCGAUGGGAGUAA